AAUAUUUUCAUUGCUUCCGAUUUUCCUGAAGCAUGACUAUCUAUCAUGACUAGUAUUAUUCUUUAAGCUUGUCAACAAUGGAUGAAUUACUCCUAGAUCUAUUUCAAAAGCUCCACGAUACGGCUGAAAACAGGGGUUUGAUCGUAGAAGAUGACAAGGAAGCCAUCUUUAAGAACCUAAAAUCAAAACAAGAAGUAUUGAAUGUCACUACAAUACAAAGUAUAUUGGAGUUACUCAAGAAAACCUUGAUGCAUGCUAGAAAUGUUCUUGACAAAGCAAAAGUAUUUGAUAUCUUAGCAGAGCUUGCAAAAUCAGAUGAAGUGAGAGAUUUCUGUGUGGAUGCAGGUUGGAUAGCUAUUGCAUUGGAUUAUUUGGAAAAUGAUGAGCAAAGUGUGGUGUUACAUGCUCUGCGAUCAAUUGGAAACAUUUGCUACAAUAAUGAGUUGGGCCGCAAAGCAUUACUGGGUGCUAAUGGUGCUGAUGACAUCUCACGAAAAUUGCAAUCAUUAAAUGAGAGCUAUGACCCUACAAAGGACAAUCGAAUGGAUGUAGUUACCUGUGGUUGUGUACUGAAUCUCGCUACUGAUGAUGUUGAACUUGCUGAAGACUUUGUAAACUGUGGUGCAAUGCCUCAUUUAUUAGGCCUGACUCAACAAAGUAUCCAUAGUAACCCUGUCCUUUGUAGAAUGGCUGUUUCUGCAAUUUCUGAGCUGAUGGAGUGUGCUAAUGGCAAAACUAGCUUCAAAGAGAGCGGUGGACCUGCUAUACUCCUACAAGCCCUCAAGGAAGAUUACAGAGAUGAAGAGCUGUCUUAUCUUUUGCUUGAAACACUAAACCCAUUAGUUAUGGGAGAUGAUAUCAUGAAAAAAGAACUCGUCAAUGCUGGAUGUACCGAGGCACUUAUUCACGUGGUAGACUCGUGCAAAGGUCGUGAAGAUGACGAGAGCUCGAAAUACCGACUGGAGACAGCUUCAGAUAUGAUUGUCACUAUCCUCACUGAUGAUGAGUGCAUGGCAAGAUUAUUCCAGGAUGGUAAUGGAAUCGUUGUCCAGGAAUGUGCUAACUGGUUGAAUUCAAGGAAUAAACAUUUAGAAAUCUCUGGUGCUCUCGCUCUGGGAAACUUUGGACGAUCAGAUCACAACUGCAUCAAGCUCGUAGAGAAAGGUGUCCACAAAGAUUUGUUGAACUUCUUGCCAAUAGCCAAACAAAGACCAGAGUCUUUUAAGUACAUUCAAGCAAUCUUUGGUGCUCUCAAGAACCUUGCUUUACCUCUUCCUAACAAACCGAUUCUUCUAAACGAUGGGUGUUUGGAGGCGUGUYUGUCCCARUUAUCUUCACAGUCAUCACUYGUGUUGACUAAAGUUCUUGGUACAAUGUGCGCUCUUAUGGCGGCUCCAAGCAAAGAUGCAUCGGUCAAAUCUUCGGCAG